CGCUCAGACUGAGCCCCACCCAGAGAGGGACCUAUUGAGCUGCUGGAAACACAAAAAUAAGGAAUAAGAAACACCUUUUUGUUCAGCUGCAGGGAUUCACUUUGCUACAGGUUGUGGCUGUCCUGCCUACUCUCUCUCUCUCUCUCCCUGUCUCCCCUCUUGUGCUGGGGCACUGGCUGAUAAACAGAAGACAUUUCACAGGUCAAUGAGGUGGAACGUUUGAAAAACAUCAUCUUCCUGCGUUUAUGCUCUGGGAUUUGAUCAGGAUCUGGACAGUUUUUUGGAUCACCAAACUGUGGGAAUUGGUGAACACAGCAGCAGCUGUAGCUCAGCACUUACCCCCCUGGGGUGGCCUCAGGUUCUAGAACCACAUUGGAGACAAGCGCCUGGGACGUGUGCCGGUUGAGUGAAGCCCUCCUUAGUGUGUGAAAGUAUUGCAGACCUAGUCUUAACAGAAACGUGCUUGAUGUGAUGCUAGUAGGCCUGUAGAACUGGGUCCUUGUGUGGUGCUUGGCAUGAGACGACUUGCCAGUCUGCAUGUUGGCACGUACACUGCGCCAAAGACAAGAAUUGGGAAAGAGCAGGUAGACUGGUAUCUACAGGUAAAAUGAAGAUUCCUUUGCUGUUAGUGGUAUUUACAUUACUACUGCUGCUUGAGUCUCCAGUCUCCGCACGGAAAACCAAAAGACAAAGUGAUUUUUGGGACAACUGGGGCAUAUGGGGGGAGUGCAGCCGUUCAUGUGGUGGGGGCGUGAGUUUCAGAGAGAGGCAGUGCUACUCUCGCAGGGCAGAUGGGGGAUCAAAUUGUAUUGGACCAACCAGAAACUACCGUUCUUGCAAUGUGCAGGAUUGUCCAGAAGGUUCUCGAGACUUCCGGGCACUGCAGUGUUCUGAAUAUGAUGGAAUGGAAUUCCAAGGGAAGAGACACAAGUGGCUUCCAUAUUAUGGAGCAUCCAAUAAAUGUGAGCUGAACUGUAUACCCAAGGGAGAGAAUUUUUACUACAGACACAAAAUGGCUGUCCUGGAUGGAACACCCUGUGAGCCGGGCCGAAGAGACAUCUGUGUGGAGGGGGUUUGCAAGUCUGUUGGCUGUGACAACGUUCUGGACUCAUCUAAAAGGGAGGAUAAAUGCCUGGUGUGUGGAGGAGAUGGAACCUCUUGUUAUGAUGUCAAAGGGGUGUAUGACACCCCUACUUUGUCCAAAGGUUACAGUCAACUUUUUACCAUUCCAAAGGGGGCCACCAACAUUCAAAUUAAGGAAGUUGGCGCCACAAGAAACUUCUUAGCUGUAAAAAAUGCUCGUGGGGAGUACUAUCUGAAUGGAUAUUGGACCAUUGAAUACAGCCGAGCAAUGCAUGUGGCCAGCACUGUACUCCAUUACUACAGAGGUUCCGAGGGAGAUCAAGCACCUGAGGUUUUGACUGCAAGGGGUCCAACCACUGAGCCUCUGGUUAUUGAACUAAUUGGACAAGAAACAAACCAAGGGGUACAGUAUGAGUAUUACCUACCCAACCAAGGGGAGACCGAGGAUUAUCAGUGGAGCUAUGGCUCUUGGAGUGAAUGCAGUGCGGAGUGUGGAGGAGGCUACCAGUCCAGAUUAGUGUUCUGCACAAUAGAUAAUGAGGCAUAUCCAGAUGUCAUGUGUAGAGACCUUCGCGCUCCACCAAGUAAUAGAACCUGCAGCAUGCAACCCUGCCCACAAAUGAAACGGAUGUCUUAUGUAUAUCAGCCAGCACUGUGGAGCCGAAUAGUGAAUACAAAAAUGACCAGCUGGAAAAUAAGUGAGUGGAGCCAGUGUUCAGCUUCGUGUGGCGGAGGAGCCCAGACCCGCUCAGUUUACUGCGUUUCCUACGAAGGGAGAUCUUCCCAGCAGGUGGUGAGUGACGCAGAGUGUGCGGCGUUUACCGAGAAACCCCCAACUCAGCAGGCCUGCAACAUCCGGGCGUGUGCUACAUGGAAUGUGGGGCCGUGGACGGAGUGUUCUUCCGAGUGUGGGGAAGGCAUUCAGAAGCGCUCAGUCACGUGUAGGACCGAUACCGGAGUUGUUGUUCAAGAUCUCAUGUGUAUGACGCAGGUCAAGCCAACCGAUAGCCAACUGUGCAAUGGAGAAAACUGCGUUCAGGAGAUUGGGUGGCACAUCGGAGAAUGGGGUCUGUGUUCUAAGAGCUGCAACCAUGGCAUCCGCAAACGUCAAGUGAUCUGCGCCGACAACGACCGGAACUUCUAUGAGCCAGAGACUUGUAAAUCAUAUGAACCCGAGAUGCCAACCCUCAUCGAGAACUGCAAUAUGCAGCCCUGCUACCUACCGCAACAGGUACCCAGUAUGCAGGACACCUGGGGAUAUGAUAAUUCAGACCAAUUCUCUCUGACUCGCUACAAUCAGGAGGCCCCGAAACCGCAAAAGCCUGUUCCGGAACAACCCAGUAGAGAUAAUGGCCCACGGGACUGUAGGCAAAGUGAAUUCGGCUGCUGUUCUGACGGGUAUAUCCCGGCUUCUGGUCCUGGUGGACAGGGUUGCCCAGUAUUGACUUGUCGGCAGACCAGGUAUGGGUGUUGCCCUGACGGUUUAAUGGAAGCGAAAGGCCCAGACUAUGAGGGAUGCAAUCAGAAUAAUGGUGGUGGGAAUCCUGGGAGGAACGAGAGAGCUGAUCCUGCUCCUCCUCCAGCACCUUCUGACGAAUGCAGACUUUCUCAGUAUGGAUGCUGUUUUGACAACAAGCUCCAAGCCUCUGGCCCAAUGGGCGAAGGGUGUCCAAAUAAACCCUCUCACUCAUAUCCACCAAUGUGUAUGUUACCAAGUGCUAUGGGUACCUGCUCGGAUUGGACAACUCGCUGGUAUUUUGUGCCUGAUGUUGGAAAAUGCAACCGCUUUUGGUUUGGUGGUUGCCAUGGAAAUAGUAAUAAAUUUGCUUCGGAAGAGGAAUGCAUGAGUUCUUGCCAAAAAACCUCAAGAAGGCCCACAGGAACUAUAGAAUACAGAUAUCGUAGACGAGGGAUGAAGUGGGAUCGUAUGUCACAUGUACAUCCUGAUGGCCACGAGGAAGGACCUAAUGGUAACGAGCAUGAAGGAUAUCCACAACAAAUAGUGAGAACACUUGACGAAGAUCAUGAAGGACGCAACCUCGCGGGGCAUGAUGCAUGGUCAGAGCAUGGAAAAAGGGUACACGGUAAUGGGAAAACUAGACAGAGGACAAAUCAUGGAAGCAGCUCGUCAUCGCGACACUCUUCUAUACACAGAAUUAUUCUGGACAAGGUAGAGUCCUCAGCUAUGGAGGCUUCUAGUGGACAAACCAUCCGUCUCCUCUGUAGAGUGAGUGAUUACCCGUUCCCUAAAGUUGAGUGGACGAAAGAUGGAAAUCCUGUUUCCUCUUCCAGGCACACGUACCAAUCAGAUAGCUCACUAGUCAUCACUCACGCCCGGCCAGAAGACACUGGUGUUUAUAAGUGUACGGUUUCCAAUGGCAACAGAAUGGAGACUCACAGAGUGCAUCUCCAAGUGCGAGAGCGGGCCAUGUAUGGAGCCUCACAGAAUGUUUCUGAAGGUAACUCAGGCCGUGUUUUAAAUGAGGAUAUAAGGAAACCAGACUCUGCCGCUCAGACACUCAGAGGAAGCUCACGUGGUCAUAAAAUAUCCUCUGGGAGAAGGGCGCUUACUCCAAAUAUUGUGGUGGUGGAGGCAAAUCUUGGUCAUCGCACGAGGCUCUCUUGUCACAUGGGACUCUCUAACAGCACUCUAGUAGAGUGGCAGAAGGAUGGAAAGACCCUGUCUUCUCCAAGACACCGGAAGCAGACGGAUGGCUCUCUUGCAGUAAGCCGGGUGAGCUCAGAUGAUGCAGGUCUGUACACAUGUUUCAUUACCAAUGGAGCCGACCACAAAACCAAGCAGAUUCAGCUAAUUGUACGAGGAGAGCUGAAAAUCACUGGCCCACCCAGCAGCAUCACUGUGACUGAGGGGGAGAAAGCAGCUCUGCAGUGCAUUGUAAAGGGAGACAAUGUCAACGUCAAGUGGUCCAGGAAUGGAAUCCCUGUUCGGUCUGAUGGGGAUCACACCGUUGUAUCUCACGAUGGCAGCUUGAUCAUUCGAAACACCAGGUCUACAGAUGAAGGCUCCUACACAUGCAAUGCGUACAGCGGAACUCACUCUGUUAGCGCCAGUGCAGAUAUCAGAGUGAGCAAAAGCAAGGCACAGGCAUCAGCAGUGGUAGGCACAGAUCUAAACAACGAAUGCAUUGACCACCCAGACCUGGCCAACUGUGACCUCAUUGUCUAUGCUCAACUCUGUUCUAAUGAGUAUUACGGCAGUUUCUGCUGUGCCAGCUGCUCUAGUCACCGACCUGAAAAUAGUCCAGUACUGCGCCACAGCUGAGAGACAUUUCCUAAAAGUUUUACGCUUCAAAGAUGAUGACAAGCUGGAGAGUCCCGGACAGACUCCACGCCUUUUCACAUGAGAGUACUCUAUGUUCUACGUCGGAGAAUAAGCUGGUUUGAACGAUUCGUGGCUAUAAUGUUUGUGGAUAUUUAAAUUAGAAGCCGCAUACCCAUGCAGAAAGGGCUUGCGUACAAAGUCAAAAUCUUCAUAUUCCAAAAUAAAUUGACAUGGCCUCAUUAUCCCCCAAAUUUAUUAGUUUGCACCAAUAAUGAGAGGAGAUGCAAAUUUUCCACACUUCUAGACAUGAUGCAGACUUUAAUAUGGCAUCCGUCCCACAUGUGGAAUUGCUGCAGUCAAAAUGACUGAGGUAGGCUUACCGCAAGUUAAAAAUAACGUUCCAAAUCUGCAAACAUAAGUCACUAUCUACAUUUAACAGAUCUACAUCAAGUUUGUAAUUAUCUUUAUAUUAGUAGAAAAGAAAGGGAUGAUAAUUAUCCAUGUGCAAUAGCGUACCAUAAAUUCUUUUUAACUGUACAUUUGUAAUGUUAAGAUGCUCUUAAUAACUUCAAGGAUAUUUAAAUAAGAAUACCUGUCACUUUUUCAAACCCUCUUUCUCUUCCACCAUCCUCUAUAAUUAAAAGUAACUCCCAAUGCUUUA